CACAUCUGUCAAAUUGCUACAACUGUCAAAUUAGAAUGUGUUUUGGUUGGCUCCGUAUCAGCAUUUUGUAAUCAAUUAUAAAGAAAAUAACAAAUAUUGAGAAAGAACAAGCAGCAACGAUGGUAGUGAAUGCGCCGGACUCACCGGUGCAGGCGGAGGUGAUAUUUGUCAUAGAGGCGACGUCCACAAACGGAGCGUACAUCAGCGAACUCAAAACAAAUUACAUUAUCCCUACUCUUGAAUAUUUCCAUGGUGGUGCACUAGAAGAAGGUGGUGGCAGUGGCUCAGUGUACAGUAUAGUCACAUACAAAGCAGCUGACUGCCACCCGGGGCUGCCAGUUGCCACUUAUGGCCCAUUCACCAACCCACAGACUGUUUCGGAGACAGUAGAUAAAAUACAGUAUGUAGGGGGUCAUGCAGAAAGCAGGGCGUGUGUGACGGAAGCCAUCACGACCGCGCUAGCGUGCUUCGACGAGCUGGGCAGGACGGACAUACCCAUGCACAUACUAAUCCUGUGCUCCUCGCCACCAUAUUCUGCAUAUGCUGGUGGCCUAGUACCGCCAGGCGUGCCGGGCAGCGUGGAGUCGUGGUGCGCGGCGGCGUGCGAGCGCGGGGUGCAGGUGUCGGUGGCGGCGGCGCGGCGCCUGCCCGCUCUCUCCGCGCUGUACGAGCGCGCCGGCGGCGACCUACAGCAGGCGCAGCAGAGGAACUUCGCCAAGGAUCCCCGUCACCUAGUAUUGCUCCGAGGCUAUAGUCUGAAGGAGCGGCCGCCGAGCCCCGCGCCGCCGCCCGUGCCCGACAUACAGACAGACGUGUACGGCGCGGUGGGUCGCGGCGCGGCCGUGGCGGCUCGUGGCGCGAGCGGCGUGGGCAGCGUCGGUGGUGUUGGCGUAGGCGUGGGCGGCGCGUCGUUCCCUCGGCCGGCGUGCGGGCGCGGAGGGGGCUGGCUGGGCGGCGCGCGGCCUCUGUACGCGGGCCCGUCGGCGCUGCUGACGCAGCUGGCGCAGCCGUCCUACCCGCCGCCCGCGCACCCCGCGCACAGCGCGCACGCCGCGCACCACGCGCACCAGCCCGCGCAGGCCGGACACCAGCGUAUGCCAAACAUGUUGAACGCGGGCCCAUCGACCAGCGGCACUGCGCCCCAGCCGCAGCUGCAGCGCAGCUACAUCUGGAGCGGCGUCAUCGAGUGGAUGGAGAAGGGCAAGUCUCCCGGUGACCAGCAGAAGACCACCAAGCUGCUGCCUUGUCAGGUGUCAGCGAGUUCCAAGGACAUAGAACCAGAGCUGAAGGUGGACACGUGGCCGAACAAACUGCUGAUGCAGCUGAUGCCCAAGCAGCUGAUCAGCAACAUCGGCGGACAGUACCUGAAGGACAGCAAGUCGGUGCUGUUCCACCUGCAGCCGAGUGAAGCGCUCGAGCAGCUCACCAAGGUCAUGGUCAACGGGUUUGCUGGCUGUGUUCACUUCCAACCGAUGUCGUCGCCUCCGCAGUGCGAGAUUAAAGUGUUGAUAUUACUGUACACACCCGACAAGAAGGUGUACCUCGGCUUCAUACCGAACAACCAGGCCACGUUCGUCGACAGACUUAGAAAGGUGAUCCAGCAGCAGAAGAUAACUCAGAUCAUCAACAAGCAGCUGCCGGCGAACGUGAGCGCGGCGGGAGGGAUGCCCGGCGCCAUGCCCAACGCCACCAUGGCCGCGACAGGAGCCAUGUCUACAGCUGGAAUGUCAUCCAGCGGCAUGGGCGGCGCCGCGGGCAUGUGUAGUAACAUGCAAGGCGUCGGACAAGUGGGGGCGUGGGACAAAAUGGGCAUGAUGAUAAGCGGCGGCAUGGGCGGUCAGGUAUCACAAGUCGGCCAAGUGGGUCAGGUGGGUCAGGUGGGCGGCAAGGGCCCCCGCCCCGUCACCCAGCUGGACGGGCUCGAGGCGGCGCGGCAGCAGAACCUGGAGAAGAUCCAGCAGCUGCAGGAAACGCUGCAGGCCGCGCACCAGCAGGAGGCGCAGUUCAAGUCGCAGAUGGACAUCAGGACACACCUGCACGCCGCGCAGCAGCAGGAGCAGCAUUACAAGCAGCUGGAGGAGCAGCAACGCAGCAUCAACUGCAGCAACAGUUACGGCAGCGAGCUCCGCGGCGCAGGCGCACUGCAGCCGCGCAUCCUGCGGCCCAUGCACCCCGCCUCCAACCCCGGCCUUGCGACACCUGUUGCAGCAG